AUGUGGCUCGUGGCGUUGAAUUCUUCAUGUGAGGAGAUCAUCCAGCUGGCAUGCGAAAGGUUGAUGGUUUUACCAAGUGGUAGUGGUAGUAGUGGUGGUGGUAGUGGUGGCAGUGGUGGUGGUGGUAACAGAAGUUGUGGUGGCAGUGAUAGUGAUGAUGAUAGUGGUGGUAGUAGUGGUGGUAGUAGUUGUAGUAGUGGUGAUGGUCAUAGUAUUGGUAUUGGUUGUAUUAGUAGUAGUGGUGUUUGUAGUGGUAGUAGUGGUGGUGGUAGUGGUAGUGGUAGUGGUCGUUGUAUCAUUGGUAUUGAUAGUAGUGGUGAUGGUAGUAAAAGUGGUGGUGGUGAUGGUAGUGGUAGUGGUAGUUGUGGUGGAAGUGGUAGUUGUGAUGGUGGCAGUGGUAGUAGUGGUGAUGGUCGUAGUAUUGGUAGUGGUAGUAGUAGUGGUCGUGGUUGUUGUAGUAGUAGUGAUGGUCGUAGUUGUAGUAGUGGUGGUGGUAGUGGUAGUGAUGGUGGUCGUCGUAGUAUUUGUAAUGGUAGUAUUUGUGGUGAUGGUGGUAGUAGUGGCAGUGGCGGUGGAAAUAAUAAUGGUGGUGGUCGUGGAAGUGAUAUUGGUGGUAGUAGUGAUGAUGGUAGUGGUAGUACUGGUGACGGUCGUAGUAUAGGUAGUGGUUGUACUAGCGGUCAUGGUGGUAGUAGUAGUGAUGGUGGUUUUAGUGGAAGUAUUUUUUGA